GAGAAAGACCUCGAUGCAUCGGUAUCUCCCGGAACACCCUUCAUCUCUCUCUCCCCCCUCCCUAUCUCUCUCUCUCUCUCUCUCUCUCUCUCUCACUAUACUACACAGAUUCCCAAUCCUCCACUACACUCUUCUAGAUCUCUCUCUUCUCUCUUACUGUCUCUCACUGACUCCUCAAUUCUCAAGUAAUACCAUUACACCAUAUUCUUUCUUGUUGUUUGAGCAAUCGAGUAAGCAUCAUCUCUCUCUCUCUGGUUCUAGUUUUUAGUCUAUACCCAUAAAACUCAAAACCAUGAUUUACCCAUUAGUUCCUAAUGGAAACCCAUUAACCCCAAUAAACUUAGCAAUCCAAAACUCCUCACAAAGAUCAUUUUUUUCUUUCUUUUCUCACAAUCAAAACCCCAAAAACACCGUCGACAAUCCCUUAAGACCCAAAACUUACCUCCUCAAACCCGUCACAAUAACUCCAAAUCAAGUCCCUCCCAAUAAAACCCAGAAAAACAGGGUACAUGAGGAGAGAAGAGGUUUUUCUCAAGUGGGUAGUCAGCAGAUGUUGGUUUUGUGUGGAUUUGGGUACUGGGUACAAGGUUUUAGGGGCUUCCCUUGGCUGGCUCUCAACUUCCACAUGGCCCACAAUCUCAAUUUACAUCCAUCAACAUUGCAGCUUGUGCAGAACACAGCUAACCUCCCUAUGGUGAUAAAGCCUCUCUAUGGAAUCUUGUCUGAUGCUCUUUAUAUUGGUGGUGAUCACAGAAUACCUUAUAUUUGUAUUGGAGUCAUUUUGAUGGCAAUUAGCGAAGAAACCCUCUGUCACCCUCUUACUUGGAUUGUAGCUUCGAUUGCCGUUGUCCCAGUCUUGUUGGGUUCAAUCUUUUGCUACCAAACACAAUGCCUAAAUCUCGACCCUUCAAUAGUUGGGAUGUCGCGAGUGACUGGCCAAUUGAUGCUUCUUUCCAUAACUUUAAUCUAUGACCGUUUCUGGAAAAGCAUUUCCAUGAGAAAACUAAUCGGUAUAGUCCAAAUUCUAUACGCUUCUUCGCUUCUUCUUGACCUCAUGUUAGUGAAGCAGAUCAAUCUGAAACUGGGAAUUCCAAAUGACGUGUUUGCCCUUUGUUUUUCGGGUUUAGCAGAAAUCAUUGCACAAUUUAAAGUCUUGCCAUUCCUAGUGCUUUUUGCAAGUUUGGCUCCAACAGGUUGCGAAGGUUCUCUCAUUUCUUUCUUGGCCUCGGCAUUGUGUUUAUCAUCAAUUGUUAGCGGGUUUUUGGGCAUUGGAUUGGCUUCUCUUCUUGGAAUAAGAUCAGGUGAUUACUCAAGCCUCCCUGUGGGAAUUCUGAUACAGUUUCUUGCAGCUUUAGUGCCACUGGGAUGGAUUUAUAACGUCCCGUCGUUUCAACCUAUAGCUGUGAAGGAAAAUAAGAGAGGUAGGAGUAAAAGAACUCGACGAAAUAGAAGGGUUGGAAGAGUUGGUUUUGAUUCAGUUUAUGACUACAGGAGAGAACGAGAAUCUGAGGCACAGAAGUGAAAGGUCUGGUUUUGAUUCAAGCAGUUUUAGAGAACACUGGUCAAAGAAAGUUCUCCGAAGAAAACAGUUUUAGAAAACAUUUUGAAGAAAGUAGUUGGUGCAUCAUUUUGAAUUUUGAUUGCUGUUGUAAAAGAAUUACCUCCCAAUUUGUCAGUUGAAGAUAUAUGGGCCUAGAUUUUCAGUCCAGCGAGAAAUCUCUAAAUUCUCACAUUCCAAGUGCGAUCACUCACAGAAAAGUACCUCGAAAAUGAAAUGUGUGGAUAAAGAUUUAUUCUGGUUGAUACAUUUCAUUUUUGGGGUACUUUUUUGAGGUAGCAAAAUUCUUGAGACCUUCUGGGAACGAGCAGCAUCUGAGGUCUCUCAAGAGGACAGUAGCUAAAAACAAUUCUCAUAGGAUCAACAGUGGAUCUGAUUCAGGCAUCAAACUGAGAUUUUUCAUCGAAAUUUUUUUCAGUGGUCUCGAUUCCUGAGUACUACAAUGCGAGGUGCAAAAGUGGCUGCAUGGAUGGGUCAACUUUGUCCUUCGCCCAACCAAUUAAUGAAGGUAAGAUCGACUUCGCUCAUUUCGUGACUUUCAUAUUCUUGCUCCAUUUUGUUGAUAUUUGUACUGGGUCAAGUGUUAUUUCAAGUUGGGUAUUUAUUA